AUGAUGCUUGACUAUAUGGACUAUAUUUCUCGAGCGUUCGAACAGAGCACGAAUUGGAACCGGGAUAACAGCUAUGCGAAUAUCACUGCAACCACGAGCGCACUCAUUGACUUUAGUGUACCUAGUGCGUUCGAGUUCCAGGUAUCCAAUGCUUCCACUCCUUUCACUUUCAACACAAUGAGGGUGUCUACGAGAAAUGUAUUCAAUGGCUCUUUGACCUACUUAUACACAGAUGCAGAUAAUUUAGAAAAGAUCGUCAGCGACUCUGGUUCAAUUGAUUUGCAAAAUGUCACAGAAACUUAUCGUUAUUUCCAACCAUUCUACAACAACCACAAGUUAGCCGCUCCAACCGAUGGGAAAACUGUGGGUAAGUCGCUUUACUAUGGAAGGAUGUUUUAUCCCAAUUCGAACCUAGAGGCAAUGCUUAUUAAGACAUUGGACCCACAUAAGCAACUUAAAAUCAAAUGGCUAAGCACUUUCGAUGAUUUUAAUAUACUGACAUGUUAUUGGCAGCGCGAUACAGGCAGAGAUUCUCAAGAGGUCAUAUUCUCGACCAAUGAUUUGCUGUGUGGUUACCGAUUUCUACACAACUUCAUCGGUAAGCCAUCGAAGAUGAAAAAUUCAUUAUAUAACAAUUCAUCGCUAUCACUUGGCGCCGAAUUAUGGUUGGGACUAAUUACCUUGAGUCCUGGCUGUUCCACAACUCUGCGAUACUGCACGCACGCGCCCAAUACGGGAAGACCGCUAACAUUGACUUUAAAAUGGAAUCCCAUCUUUGGAAACUUAUCAUCUUCAUACUCUGCAAAAACUAGUUCAAACACGACAGUAUGCGCCAAGUAUGACUUCAAUCUGUACUCAAUAGAUUCAAACUUAUCCUUCGGUGUGGAGCUUUGGAGACGAGGAAAUUCAGCAAAGGCAAUGUCUCAGUAUCAGGAUGUAUCUCAAACCUUUGGAAAAGACGAGAACUUAAUGUACCAUCAUUUGGUACCGGAUCUAUCGCAAGAACAAGCUUCUCCACAGACUAGGAAGGAUUUAGUAGAGAAACAGCAGUUGUUGAAUGACCUGACUACCGCAUUUUCGAGCUCUUUGAGAAAGAUAGAUAGAGAGAAGACGAUGAUAGAAGAAUUUCAAAACAACCUUCACCAUGCGAACUUCACGAGUGUCUGGAAACUUUCAACUUCUUUGCGUGAUGCCAAUCUGAAAGUACUUUGGGAGGGCAAAUUCAAGGGUUUCCUCAUAUCGGCAGGCGCUGAAGUAUCCAAAGCAAGUCCUCUUUUGCAAUCAUCGUCAAGUGAAAAGCUGCCCAGUUACCUCUCCAAAUUUGGUGUACAAUUACAGUAUUCUACAUAG